AUGGGCUCCAAACGCCCAAUGCAGAGCCUGAUCCUUGAGAUCCUCAAUGCUCAACCAUCACUUAGAGAUUCAAAGACCUACCUCAACUCCUUUGCCCCUCGAACUCGUCAGCCCAGCUCUGCUGGGACAUCGCGACAGCUUCCGCCUGGCUUCUUGCAGCAACAGCAGCAUCAGAAGCAGCCCACCGGUGAAACGUCGUCGAGUGCCGGCUCAGGUCUGAAGCUGCCAAACUCCUUCCAACUUCCACCCCCGCCCAUUGCCAGACCCGCGAAGCCCAACAAGCAUAGCGACGACGUCAACCGACCUGAGCAUCUCGCUUCGCGGCAUUCAACUUCCCAAGAGCAGCAAGAAUUGAUCCCUGCAAAGGAUGGCACGGAGGCAGCCCUGCAGCCCGAGCUCUCGCCGGGGCCCAUCACUCAGCAGCACACCGCCUUGGUCAAAGUGCAGGGGCCUUUCACAGAUAGGCAAUUGGAGAGCAUAGCGGAGGGAAUGGUCUACCUCAAGAAGCUUGGGCUGGUCUCCGUCAUCGUGAUGGACUCAGAAGAGGCCACAUGGAGCAGUGGAAUGUCCCACUUUGCCUCCGUCGAUGGUCGACGCUUGGACGCUUCGGAGAUGGACGAGGUCGAAGAGGCUAGCAUGGCCCCUUGGCUUGGCGAGGCCGCCGUAAGAGCGAAGGGAGCCGCCAAGGCAGCGGCGGGUAGCAAGGGCAGACGUCUUGGAUUGGCUCAAGAGGCUCUCAGAAAGAGGCUCGUUGCGGACGUCUACAAGCUUUCGGAGCUCUUGUCUCAAAAGGGCGCUCCAGCCAGGCCUUUCCCUCAGGCUGUCAUGCGCGUGGAUGCCGAGGCAGUGACUGCUAGGCAUGCCGCCUCACCGCCUCACUUUCCGGAGAGAGCACCGAGGCGUUCAGCCAGAGAGGGCAAAGCAGGUCAUUGCUGGGCAAAACAGACAGCUUCAGCGCAAGGACAGAAUCUGGAGGCCAAAGCGUCGCUUGCCGCGGCGUCUUCAUCUUCGUCGUCGGUCACAGCUGCAGGUGGGAAUCUGAUGUCCGCAGUGCACAGAUCACCAGUGGCCAGCGACGACGACCUGUCCACCUUGCGGUCCGCCCUGGCCAGCGACCAAAUUCCAGUGUUGGCACCUCUUGCUCUGUACAGCGAUCCCGAAGAGCAUGGAGCAGAGAGAACUGUAUGCGUGUCUGCAGACGAUGUGCUUGUUGGGCUGGCUAGAGACAUGUCUGCUGCUGCGCGGGCUGAGGAGACCGCUGCGCUACAGGGACAAGGACUGGAAGACGGCGUCGACAUGAUGCCUCUGCGCUUGAUGGUCAUGUGA